AUGGAGCAUUCAUUUCGUAAUGGACUCCAUCGUCGUCAUUUCUUGAGUGCACACUUAGAUGAACCCCUAGAUACAAUUGGCUUGGUAUCACCUAUUAAUAGAUUCGCUGUGUUACAAGGAAACUUCAGUAAUAAUGAUGAGGAUGCAUCUAAAUCUAUAAAAUUGAAGACUAAACUUAUCAUCGGUGGCUUGGUCAUCGUCGUAAUAAUAGCAGCAUUAGGCGGCUACUUCAUCGGAAGAUCCGAUUAUAAGAAAUGGAAAUUCACCGAACCCCCAGACCCAGUGGAACCUCUUCCACCCUCACCCUCAUGGCUUCAUACCUUCAAGCGAGCAGCUGUUUGCACAGAUGCACCCCAUUGUUCGGAUAUCGGAAGGUAUAUCCUCUCAAUAAACGGCUCAGCAGUGGACGCAACUAUAGCAGCGAUGUUUUGCAACGGUCUUCUGAACCAGCAGAGUAUGGGUCUGGGCGGUGGCUUCUUUAUGACCGUGUAUAUUAAGGAAGAGGAGAAAGUAUAUUCCGUCAUCGCUAGGGAGACGGCACCAGCAGCUGCAACCGAAGAUAUGUUCCAUGGGAACCCAGAUAAAGCUAGAAGAGGUCCUCUGUCACUCGGUGUCCCAGGGGAACUACGUGGAAUGUGGGCAGCCCACCAGCGAUGGGGCAAUCUGCCUUGGAAGGCGCUUGUCAAGCCUACAUUAGAAUUCUGCAAAUACGGAUACACAAUAUCCAAACCCCUGUACGACGGGUUUGAAGUCGCCCCAUACAUCCAACAUGAUCGACAUCUGAGGAAAACUUACGUGAACAAAGACAACAAGUUUCACAAACCUGGAACAGUGGUCAAACCCAGUGAAGCCUGGUGCAGUACCAUGGAAAGGAUAGCUGAGAAAGGAGGAGACGAAUUGUAUAACGGCAGCUUGGCUGUGGACUUCCUUGAAGACCUGCAAGAGAUCGGCAGCAUCAUCACAGAAGAGGAUCUGAAGAAUUAUCAGCCGAAAAUAGUCGAACCCCUCGCAGUCACACUUAGCCAGGGCGAUGUCCUAUACACGCCACCUCCUCCCAGCAGUGGGGCAAUUCUGAUUAACAUCCUCAACACGCUUAGUGGAUACAAUUUUACAGCGGAUAGCAUCAACGGCACAGAUAACACAGUUUUGACGUACCACAGAAUAAUAGAAGCUUUUAAGUAUGCUUACGCAUCGAGGACGAAAUUGGGCGAUUUGGACUUUUUGAAUUUGGAAGAGUUCAUUGCAAAUAUAACAUCUACUGAAUAUGGCGAAGAGAUACGUCAGUUGAUCAAUGACACUGUUACAAGCAACAGCACGGCUUAUUAUGGAGUUGAUGAGUACCAGAAGAAUGAUGCUGGCACUGCCCACGUCUCUGUCAUUGGAUACAAUGGUGAUGCCGUGUCUAUGACCAGCUCAAUUAACUAUUUCUACGGUGCAGGCUUUACAACGAACCGAACUGGUAUCUUGAUGAAUAACGUGAUGGACGAUUUCUCAUCACGGGGUAUCAUCAAUUACUUCGGCAUCAAGCCAUCAAAAGCUAACUUCAUCGCGCCUGGUAAACGACCUCUGUCGUCUAUGAGCCCAAGUAUAAUUGUCGAUCGAAGUGGGAAUGCCAAGAUGGUUAUCGGUGCUUCUGGUGGUACGAAGAUUACGACUGCUGUUGCCCUAGUCACAAUUCGUAAAUUGUGGUUCGAACAAUCGAUCAAGGAAGCGGUUGACGCACCUCGGUUCCAUCAUCAGAUAUUUCCAAUGGCUAUCCAGUAUGAAUACGGUCUUACUGAAAAUGUGGUAGACGGCUUGAGACGGAAGGGACACGGACUUGAGAGGUAUCGGGACAGAGGUUCGAUUGUGUGCGCCCUUUACAGGAACAAGACAGCCAUUUAUGCCAACGCCGAUUUCAGAAAAGGCGGUGACGUCGCUGGCAUGGAUUAG